ACCUACAAUUUUUGAUCUUAGCAUAGUGAAAGCCCCAGGACCAGAUGGGUUUUCGGCCCUUUUCUAUCAGUCUUCUUGGGAGGAAGUGAAGGAGGAGGUACGUGAAAUGGUGGAUAGUUUUUUUACUGAUAAUACUGACCUGGAUCUGAUUAAUUCUACAAAUAUUAUGCUCAUUCCAAAGAAUGAGAAGCCAGAAUCAAUCAAUCAUUUUCGACUCCUUGGGCUUUGUAACGUGGUCUAUAAAGUGAUUGCCAAGAUCUUGACUCGCAGAAUGAAACAUCUAAUGAGUAGGAGUAUUACCCAGCAGCAGCGUGCUUUUGUUGCAGGGAGACUAAUUCAGGAUAACGUCGUUGUUGCUCAGGAGGAUUUUCAUCAUUUGAAGCUUGAGAAGAAAGGGAAGAGAGUUGAAUUAGCCUUAAAGAUUGAUCUUAGCAAGGCAUAUGAUAGAGUUGAAUGGUGUUUCCUGAAACGUGUUAUGUAAUGCAUGGUUUUUUGCAGUGUUUGGGUGGACUGGAUUAUGAAGUGUAUCUCAUCUGUUAUGUUUAGUUUGCAAGUUUCUAGGAGGAAAAUUUCUAGUAGUAAGCCAGGCAGGGUUGUACGUCAGGGUGAUCCCUUGUUGCCAUGCUUAAUCAUUAUGGCUGUUGAUGUGCUCUUAUUGAUGAUACAGUAUCAUGUUGAUAGAGGGGAACUUGCUGGAAUUAAGUUGUCGCAAUCUGGUCCAGUCCUUUCACACUGCUUCUUUGCUGACGAUGUUGUGUUCUUCGUGCAAGCAGAGAAGAAUAAUUGUUUGGUUUUAAAGAAGAUCUUGGAGGUGUUUUGUGGGGCUUCAGGUCAACAAAUGAAUUUAGACAAAUCAUGCGUGUUCUUUUCAGCUAAUGCCAAACCAGAACUGCAAGAAGAAAUCUCGAAUGCAGUGGGCAUUUCUGCUUCUGCUAACCCAGGUAAAUACUUGGAGCUUCCUGUUUAUUGGAAAAGGUCUAAGGUGGCAGCAUUGAAUUUUGUGACCAGUAAAAUUGGGAUGAGGUUGCAAGGUUGGAAGCAGAAAUUGCUUACUUAUGCAGUUGGUUGGAAUGCAUGUUUUCUGCAGGUGAGUGGGCGGAAAGAUGAGGAGGAAGCCCUCAUUGCAGUGAUAUGUUGCGAAACAUGGAUGAGUAGGUGUGAUUUUGUUUUUAAGGGCAUACAAGUGAAUCUCAAGAAGGUUAUGGAUAAUUCUGUUAGAAUGGUGAAAGAAUUGUAUCGUGUAUGGAUUGUGCCUGAUCCAAACAAGGUGAGGAAUGUUCCAGAAAUUCAACGGAAUAAGUGUAUGGUUGCACCUGAGUUGGCUACUGUGAAGAUCAACAGUGAUGGUGCCUUUCAACCUUAGAAUAACUGUGCUGAAGGGGGGCUGUUUGUAGAGAUUAUAAAGGGACCUUUCUUGGAGGUUUUUGUGCAGCAGUCCGGGCUACUUCAAGGUAGAUGGCUAAGAUUUUGGCAGUAAAGGAAGCUAUUAUGGCAAUCAGAAGAUUUCAAAACUAUAAGGUUUGUAUUGAACUUGAUUGUGAAUUCUUGUUUAAAGCAUUGUUGAUGAAUUCUGUGGAGGGUUGUGAUUGGUGUUGUUUGACUGUCUUGGAAGAUUUGUUGCCGCUCAAAGAUUUUGCUGGCAGUGUGGACUUUGCUUUGGUUGCGAGGCAAGGUAAUUCUGUUGUGGACUUCCUUGCAGCCCGUGGUGCUAAGAUGAUGGAUCCGUGGCUUAGUUGCAGAUUCUUUGGCUGCCAAUGUGGAAGCUGUUUGAAAUUAUUUUUAUUUUAUUAUUUUAAGAACUAGUGUUUUGUAAAACAUAUUUUAAAAAUAUAAAAAAAAUAAUGAAAAUAGGUGUUUUUCAUAAAAAAAUAAUAAAAAUAGAUGUUUUUCAUUCUCCCUUAUUUUUCAGAAUAAUAAUCACAGAACAGAAAAUUAUUCUUAGAACAGGUUUUCAAACAGGCCCUAUAAUGUUUCUUCCUGUGAUUCUUGUGUUUCUGAUAGAACUGGGACUGGUUAAUUCUGGUUUGUUUGCUUUGUAUCUGUUUGUUUGUUGUUUUCUUGAUUUUUGUUUGUGAGAUGCGUGCUAGAUUGUAAUG